AUGUCAAAUGAACAUUGUGGCAAAAGUGGUGAAUUCUGGAGUUUAAUUUCAAACUCAGAUCAAAACCAGAGGGCGUCAGGAGAUAUAGGCGAUGAGAGGCACUCAUCUGACAAGAAUUCUAUUGAAUUUAAUAACAUAAGGACUGGAUUUUCUCAUCUUCAUCUCAACACAGAACCUUCUGAACCAUCAAUGGAGUCUACAAGUACUGUUCCGAAAAUUAAGAAAAAUGCUCCCAACCCGUCAGAGUCAAAUAAUGCUUCUUCCUCAAGUCAGCAGAGCGUUAAGUUUGCGUUUAAUAUCCAGAAAGACCCUCAGGAUAAAUUUUUCGCUGAUACCGCCCAGCCUACUUCUCUUUCCCCGUCUCCUGGUUCCGCUGAAAAAAUGAUUUUGCAAUCUUCUGAACCCAUUGAAUUUGAGAGGCCUUCUAGACCUGGCCCUCGUUCUCGCCCCGAUACCCCUAAAUCCCAGAGCUAUGAUAAAACUUGCAUCCCUGACCCUAAGCUGCAAAAUAUUAAAGCGGAAAAUUCUGUAAAACAUUCACCCAAUCCCUUACAGGUUACUUCUCCACGCAAGUUUAAGCAGCAGGAGAUUUCCAUUCAACAAUCUUCGGAUGCGUCCUAUUAUCCAUCAGAAUCUUCUUAUGAACCCCUUACUCCAGGUCCAAGUAAUGGCAAUUAUCAAGCAUCUCGAAACUUUAGCAGUCGUCCUUCUUCAAAUAACUACUUCUUCACUCCUAGUCCUGGAAAUAUGAGUGCCUCAAGUGGAAAUAUUACAAUGGGCUCUCUAGAAAGUGAUCAGCAGAGUGAUCCGAUGAACAAAACCAACCUAAUUGUAAAUUAUCUCCCACCAUAUAUGAACCAGGAUGAAGUAAAAGCUCUUUUCUCAAGUAUAGGUGAAGUAGAAUCUUGCAAACUGGUGAGAGAAAAGACGUCCGGUGAAAGCCUAGGUUAUGCCUUUGUCAAAUUUGUUCGUGCAACAGAUGCUGAGAAAGCUAUUCAUACUUUGAAUGGUCUACGACUGCAGAAUAAAACUAUUAAAGUCUCCAUCGCACGUCCUAGUUCAGAAUCUAUUAAAGGUGCAAAUCUUUACAUCUGUGGUUUACCAAGAAAGAUGACUCAAAGUGAACUUGAGGACCUUUUUUCUCACUGCGGAAAGAUUAUUACUGCGAGAAUCCUCUAUGACAAUAAGACUGGUCUUUCUCGAGGCGUGGCCUUCAUUCGAUUUGAUCAACGUCACGAAGCUGAGCAGGCUAUCCGUAGGCUUAAUGGUUAUCAACCACCUGCAGAUCAUCUUAAUUCUCCUCCAAAUGAGCCUAUCACUGUCAAGUUCGCAAAUUCACCUAACUCUAUUCGAAAUGAUAGCUUCAGUUUGGCCUUACUCAAGCAGGCGGUUCAAUUACAGUCUGUCGCUGCUUCUGUUGUUACACCUCCUGCCCGAUCUGCAGCUGCUGGAUUACUCAGUCCACUUCAGCAGUUUGCCUCGAUUUCAAAUCGACUAAAGUUCCCUUCAGUUAACAGUCAAGGUCCAAAUGCGGCUGAUCUUCUUUCCACUGCUGUUAAUCCUCUUCUAAGUCAAGCAGUUGCUGCAAGUUCAGGAGCCCUUACGCCAAGAGGUUGGUGUAUAUUUGUCUACAAUCUCUCUGCUGAAACAGAGGAGUCUAAUCUUUGGCAACUAUUUGGUCCAUUUGGAGCUGUUCAAACUGUAAAGAUAAUUCGCGAUCCAAACACAAAUAAGUGCCGAGGCUUCGGUUUUGUGACAAUGAGUAACUAUGAGGAGGCUAUGCUGGCUAUUCAUUCACUGAAUGGCUUCACUUUGGGAAAUAGAGUACUGCAGGUUUCCUUCAAAACCAAUCCUAGUCCACGUAUCAGACCUUCAGCGCACACACCACCACUGAAAAACCUGAGCCCGACAUUGCAGGGAGCUUCUUUCAACGAAUCAUUCCAGUCAACUGAGCUUGCUGCGGCGUUAAAUGCAAAGGAAUCUCCCAGCUCUGUUUCCUUAGAAAGUAAAUUCUCACCACAGGUUCGACAUUCCGAUUCCGGGAAUAGAUCAAUGUUCGACUCAAUUAGGUCUACAUUGAAGGCCGAUGGAAAGGGCGAACUAUUUGCUAGAAGUGAUAGUAAUCAGGGCUUCUCGAAGAGUUUCUCACCUGAAAUACAAGAAUUUAUUUCGGAAUCGAAUACGGAAGGGGACAGUCCAACAGGCUAUCGUGACUAA